CAAUCACAAACUCGGUUGCUACUCAUAGGUGUGUCCUCGGAGCGUAGAUAGCUAGAAUCUAGCUGUACUGUUGUGAACAUGACAACAUGCACAGCAGCAAGACUCAGUGAUAAAAAGUGAACUCACAUCAUUACGAGGAAAAAGAUACAAAAACCGAAAAGCUGGGCUUCAUAAACUUGUAACUGCCGAAGCCAUCGCUAUUUUUCCAAACGAAAAAGUUGUUCUCACAAAAGGGCUGAAGUAGCUAAUGCAAAUUGAGCGCAGUUGAUUGGACGGGAUUAACAAGAAAAGGCACGGGUAUGCAGCAGUUCACGGAUCUUCAGCCAAUCUCUGUUCUUCAAUAGUUUCUACAGAUUGGGAGGAAGCAAAUAUGAACUGAAUUGAGUUGCAGUCCCUGGGAUUAUUUUCCACAUUUCUCCAUUCUCUUGGAAAUAACAGAAGAAACUGACAGCACGCCCACAAUGCACACCGUCAUGGCUGCGGCCAGCACUACCAAGACAUCCUGGAGGCUCCAGGAGAUGGUAGCUCACAGUAGUGACGUGUCAUCCCUGGCUCUGGGGAAGACCUCGGGUCGCCUGCUGGCCACAGGAGGAGAGGACUGCAGAGUCAACAUCUGGGCUGUCAACAAACCUAACUGUAUCAUGAGUUUAACCGGUCACACUAACCCAGUAGAAUGCAUCCAGUUCAGCAGCUCUGAGGAGCAGGUGGUGGCAGGGUCCCAGUCUGGAUCUCUGCGUGUGUGGGACCUGGAGGCGGCGAAAAUCUUGCGUACUCUGAUGGGACACAAGGCCAAUAUCUGCAGUCUGGACUUUAACCCAUUUGGAGAGUUCCUGGCCUCUGGGUCCAUGGAUACUAAUAUAAAGCUGUGGGAUGUGAGGAGAAAAGGUUGUGUUUUCAGAUAUAAGGGUCACACUCAGGCCGUCCGCUGUCUGGCCUUCAGCCCUGAUGGGAAGUGGCUUGCAUCUGCUAGUGACGACGCCACUAUAAAGCUAUGGGACCUGCAAGCGGGAAAAAUGAUCACAGAAUUCACCUCCCAUACAGCAGCAGUCAACAUUGUUCAGUUCCACCCUAAUGAGUAUCUGCUGGCCUCAGGGAGCGCAGACAGGACCAUUAAACUGUGGGAUCUGGAAAAGUUUAAGAUGAUUGGCUCAUCAGAGGGAGAAACCGGAGCUGUCAGGUGUGUAGCGUUCAGUCCUGAUGGGGGCUGCCUAUUCAGUGGCUCUGUGGACACGCUGCGGGUGUACGGCUGGGAGCCCGACCGCUGCUUUGAUGUGGUGCCAGUGGGAUGGGGCAAGGUGGCAGACCUUGCCAUCUGCAACAACCAGCUGAUUGGUGUGUCAAGCAGUCAGUGCACAGUGAGCUCGUACGUAGUGGAUCUGAACAGGGUCAAGCGGUCCGGCUCUGUGAUCCAGGGUGUGAUCCAGGAUAACAAGCCACUAGCAGAGCCGCCAUCUAAAGGAGCAACGAUUCGGCGCAACUAUGAGCGCCCAAUCACCUCCUGUACUGGACAGAGAAUGAAGCAGAACUCUGAGUCGGACAGGCGGAGUCCAGAGGGCGAGCAUCGCAGCCCCAGCAGUGAGGAUGAGCGAGAGGAGAAGGAGAGCAGCGCAGAGAUCACCAACCCCGACGACUACAAAGAGAUCUUCCAGCCACGCAGCGCCAUCUCUCGGACACCUCCCAAAAGAACUGAACCUUUUCCAGCCCCACUAGACGAUGCUGAAAGUUUCCCAGUGAAGCCUAAUCAGAUCGACAUCGUGACCCCAGUAUCUGAUAGAGCAGCACCUUUUAACCUGAAAGCCCAGCCAAUAGCAACCUCCACGCCUGUCCUAAGGGUGGAGCCAACUAUAGUAGCCACUGCUCCACGCUCUGUUCCUGUGGUGACGUCGUCUGUUGCCCCCGCAAACCGACCCACUGUUACCACGGCGAAGACGAGGCAGCAGCCAGCUGUAAUCAUGUCCUCUCGGAACAAACCAAUUGGACUCAAUGUGGGAGACUUUCUGCCGCCUGGUGGGAUGACCGACGAGGAGGCUUUGGGUCAGAUUAAGAAAGGUCACGACACAAUGUGUGUGAUGUUGUCCAGUCGCUGCAAGAACCUCAACACUGUCCGAGCGGUGUGGGGCAGUGGAGACAUCAAGACAUCCCUCGACUCUGCUGUGUCAAUAAAGGAUCUCUCAAUAGUGGUGGACAUUCUCAACAUUGUCAACCUCAAACCGUCGCUAUGGAAACUGGACCUGUGCACAUCCAUCCUGCCUCAGAUUGAAGUGCUGCUGCAAAGCAAAUAUGAGAGUUAUGUGCAGACAGGAUGUGUCUCCCUGAAACUGAUUCUGAAGCGCUUCUGGCCUCUAAUCUCGGACACACUCACAGCACCGCCCUCGGUGGGAGUGGACAUCACACGGGAGGAAAGGCAUCGGAAGUGUAAGGCAUGCUACAAGCAGCUGCUGAACCUCCAUAAAGUUGUGAAGAAUCAAGCGAAGCAAGUGGGUCGCCAUGGUAGCACUUUUACAGAACUCCAACUACUGAUGGCUCCUCUGGACAACUGACUUGCACGUGCAAACACACACACACACACACACACGCACACACACACACACACACGCACACACAGUAUUUCUGAACACUAAGUGUAUACCUUUUCACAUUCCCUUUCUUUUUGGCUUUCACACAUAAA